CUCAGCUUGGGAGCAGAGCGGGGGAAGGGCCGGGACUCCCUUCCAGCCUCGAGUCUGGGGGCUCAGGGAUAUAAGGGAGAACAGGGGUGUGUGUUUGUGUGUGUGUGUGUAUGGCAAUUCAGCAGAGGUCGGGACGUACCACGGAGCCCAGUAGCGGCAGGGAGGGGGGGCGGAGGACGUGGUCACCGAGGGGAGCCCCCGCCCCCUUCACGGAGGCCGAGGCUGGGGUUGCAGAGAGAACUGGAACUGGGCUCACCCUAGGGGAAGGAGCUCCUCUGUUUCCUGUGCAGCAGCUCCCGUUGCGGAGGCACCCGUAGCAGCCCUGGCGGACGAAGGAGCGAUGGCAGCGGCCGAUAUAGCUCGCCAGGUGGGCGAAGGUUGCCGAACUGUCCCCCUGGCUGGACAUGUGGGGUUUGACAGCUUGCCUGACCAGCUGGUGAAUAAGUCAGUCAGCCAGGGCUUCUGCUUCAACAUCCUGUGUGUGGGGGAGACAGGCUUGGGCAAGUCCACCCUCAUGGAUACCCUGUUCAACACCAAGUUCGAGGGGGAACCGGCCACCCACACACAGCCAGGUGUUCAGCUCCAAUCCAAUACCUAUGACCUCCAGGAGAGCAACGUGGGGCUGAAGCUCACGAUUGUGAGCACCGUGGGCUUUGGGGACCAGAUCAACAAAGAGGACAGCUAUAAGCCUAUAGUGGAAUUCAUAGAUGCUCAGUUUGAGGCCUACCUGCAGGAGGAGCUGAAGAUCCGGAGAGUACUGCACACCUACCAUGACUCCCGAAUCCAUGUCUGCUUGUACUUCAUUGCCCCCACAGGACAUUCGCUUAAGUCUCUGGACCUAGUAACCAUGAAGAAGCUGGAUAGCAAGGUGAAUAUCAUCCCCAUCAUUGCCAAGUCAGAUGCCAUCUCUAAGAGUGAGCUGACAAAGUUCAAAAUCAAAAUCACCAGUGAACUUGUGAGCAAUGGAGUCCAGAUCUAUCAGUUCCCCACGGAUGAUGAGUCGGUGGCUGAGAUCAACGGAACCAUGAAUGCCCACCUGCCGUUCGCUGUCGUUGGCAGCACAGAAGAAGUGAAGAUAGGCAACAAAAUGAUGAGGGCGCGGCAGUAUCCUUGGGGGACUGUGCAGGUUGAAAAUGAGGCCCACUGCGACUUUGUGAAGCUGCGGGAGAUGCUGAUUCGGGUCAACAUGGAGGAUCUGCGGGAGCAGACCCACACCCGGCACUAUGAAUUGUACCGCCGCUGUAAGCUGGAGGAGAUGGGCUUCAAGGACACCGACCCUGACAGCAAACCAUUCAGUUUACAGGAGACAUAUGAGGCGAAGAGAAAUGAGUUCCUAGGGGAGCUCCAGAAAAAAGAAGAGGAGAUGAGACAGAUGUUUGUCCAGAGAGUCAAAGAGAAAGAAGCUGAGCUCAAGGAGGCGGAAAAAGAACUGCAUGAGAAGUUUGACCGUCUGAAGAAACUGCACCAGGAAGAGAAGAAGAAGCUGGAGGAUAAGAAGAAAUCCCUGGAUGAUGAAGUGAAUGCUUUCAAACAGAGAAAGACAGCAGCUGAGCUGCUCCAGUCUCAAGGCUCUCAGGCUGGGGGCUCGCAGACUCUGAAAAGGGAUAAAGAGAAGAAGAAUAAUCCAUGGCUGUGUACUGAAUAGUAUGCCCUGCUACAGCUGGACUGGACUCCACUUAGCCUUUUAAGAGAAGGUUCUUAUUUUAACUGACAACUUUUUUUAAUGGUGCCAGACAGCUGGGCCCUCCACCCCUGCUCUGGUACUUAAAGCUUCUCUCUCUCUCUCUCUCUCUCUCUCUCUCUCUCUCUCUCUCUCUCUCUGUUUUAUUUGAGUUCUGCAACUUGCUUCUGCCUCCCAGUCCAACUGGCGUGGACCAUGACCUUCUUCUUUUUUCAUAUUUUAAAGGUGGUUGUAUAAUCACUACCUCUAAAACACGCAAGGUGAUGAUACAUUUACAGGCUUUCGGAACUGUUGCAAAAGGGCAGAGCCAUUCUCUACAAUCACAGUUAACACUCGGAAGCCAAGACUAAGCCCAGAGCAGAACUAGUUAAAAGCGAGCAAGUCAGUGUGCACACUUUCUCUGUUUUGUGGUCAAAGGGAGAAGACAAUGUUCAUAUGUACUGGCCUGUGGCCAGAGGCAAGUACAGGGUCACAAUGGGAAAGCAUGAGCUAAUUUCUUGGGAAAAACCAACUGGAAGUAGAGAAAUUCAGGUAACCCUAUGCCUCAAUGUAAAACAGAACAAGGCAUCACCACCAAAACAGAAAGCCCAAAGCAGAAUCCCCAAAUACCUUCAGUUACACAGUCAGUAGUCGGGGGAGUCAGGCUACUGAGUUAACUGAGUCUCCUUGAGAAAGACCUCUUAUUUGUAGCCAUGGGAUUCUGUGGGGUUUUUGUUUUUAAGACAGGUUCUUACUAUGUAGCCCUGGCAUCACAGCGUAGAUUAGGCUGGCCCUCAAAUUCACAGAGAUCUGCCUGCCUGUAUUUAAAGGCAAACACCAGCUACGUGCAGACCCAGCUGUUUUAGACGUUUUAACUCACCUUCCUGGAAAUGAGGCCUCUCCUUUGCAAUUGUAUAUAAAUACACUACUUGAGGCUUGCGGAUUUCAAAAUACUUUGCAAGUAUUUGAGCUAGACCACUUUUCAAAAGCAAGGAGGAAUUGUACAUAAGGUGGGAACUUUUUGGCCAGCAUGGAUGAUGUAACCCCCUACGAGGAUAUUGACAUGUAAAGAAAUGAAGGCACUUAUCUGAGGUUCCACUGCUAUUUCUUGGCAAAGUCCAAGCAAAAUUUUGUCUCUGGGUUCCCAAUCCUUUCACCAAAGGGACCCAAGUAUUUAUGUAUGUUCCUGAAGACAAUUUUUUUUUUAUGUUCAGAGAAACCAGUCAUUGUUAGAGGAGUCUUGAGGGUUUUCACAUAGAAGAAUAGGAUAGGAUGGAUAGGGGCAGGUGGAGAGAAGGCUUCAGGCCAGCUACCAUGAUGCCUGAUGGUCAGUUAGCUUUCCUAUAAAUCUGAACCAGGACCAGGCCAAUGUCCAUUUCACCGGUACACUGUGUGGCUUCUUGUAAUCAGGGAACUUUGGUGGAAAUAAAAAGCAAUCAAACUCAUUAAAUUGAGAUGAUGCUAAAUUUCACUGAGCAGCUCUUCUCACUGUAAAUGGGAAGGUUUUUGUUUUUCUUCACUUGAACAUCUUUGUGUGUGUGUGUGUGAGACAGGGUUUCUCUCUGUAGCCCUGGCUAUCCUGGAACUAGCUCUUGUACACCAGGCUGGCCUUGAACUCCACAGAGAUCCGCCUGCCUCUGUGCUGGGAUUAAAGGCCACCACUGCCCGGCAUUGAACAUCUUUUGAAUCAGUACGGUUGUUACUAUUCUUUAAAAAUACUCAAAAAUCUGUUUCCUUCUAGUGAAACAAAAACCAUUAGAUAUGAUCUGUGCUCUUGUUUUUCUAGACUAGAAUGGAAUGGCUUUCCUGAAACACACACACACAUACACACAACAUUCAUUUCUCUGAAGUCAACAAGUCUGGUUUCCCCACCUAGUUCGGGUCUUUUUUAAAAACUCACUUGGCAUUCAAAUGUGGCUGUUAAUAUGUGCUUAGUUUUUAAUUAAAGCAAGACUCAUUAAACUGGUGUGUGGUGUUCUUCAAACCUUCUCAACAGAUUUCUCCAUGGUGAUGGUCCCUCCGUGACCUGUUCCUGUCUUCUUGGCAUUUAAUCUACGCUACCUUCCACUGCCCACUCCCCUUGCAUGCCACUUUCAAUGUCCUUUCUCUUCAGCUAAUUUCGUGUUUUCUCUCUCUUUCUCUCU